AUGGUAUUUAAAAACGGAGACUGCAGAUACAACCGAGAAGUUUUUUCGAAUUUUACCCUUCAAAUCGCCGACGGAAAACUCCAAAUGGACAUGUUUCUAUUAAGAGCUUUAAUUAAUGGCCUAAAGGGCCAUCUGAGCUUCGAAUUUCGCAUGGCUAAAACCAAAUCAUACCAGAGCGUAUUUCAACACGAUAUAAACUAUUGUGGUUUGCUUAGAGGUAACCAGGAAACAAUCUAUCGUCGCUGGUACCUCAGCAUGCUAAGGGUAGGAAAUUUUGCUAGAAGCUGUCCCAUUGAACCAGGUUAUUACUACUUAAAGGGCUGGAAUUUUAAUGGAAAUUUGGUUCCAUCAUUUCUAUACUUGGGUGACUAUCGGAUUGGAGGCAGCUUUUACUAUGGAAAAUACAAGAAAACAAACGAUAAGCCUUUGUUAGAGUGUAUAAUUGAAGCCAUCCUAUCGAAUUAG